AUGCCGGAUGAACUGUUGUACGGUCAACUACAGACGGUCAACUACAGACGGUCAACUACAGACGGUCAACUACAGACGGUCAACUACAGACGGUCAACUACAGACGGUCAACUACAGACGGUCAACUACAGACGGUCAACUACAGACGGUCAACUACAGACGGUCAACUACAGACGGUCAACUACAGACGGUCAACUACAGACGGUCAACUACAGACGGUCAACUACAGACGGUCAACUACAGACGGUCAACUACAGACGGUCAACUACAGACGGUCAACAACAGACGGUCAACAACAGACGGUCAACAACAGACGGUCAACAACAGACGGUCAACUACAGACGGUCAACUACAGACGGUCAACUACAGACGGUCAACAACAGACGGUCAACUACAGACGGUCAACUACAGACGGUCAACAACAGACGGUCAACAACAGACGGUCAACAACAACCUGUUUCAUAG